AUGUCCACGUCCGAGCAGGAGGACAUGGCGCGAGAAGCCCUGUCGCAGGCCGAGGCCUCCAUCGUCGCCGACAACUUUGACGAUGACAUUGCCAGGGACGACGACUCCGAUGGCGGCUACAGCAGUGACGGCUUCAGCUCCGGCAGCACCUCGGCCGAGUCGUCGGUGCGCGACUAUCUCUACGAGAAUGGCCGCCGCUACCACCGCUUCCGCGAAGGCACCUACAACUUCCCAAACGACGAUGUCGAGCAGGAGCGAGAGGACAUGAAGCAUGCCAUGGUGAAGCUGCUCUGUAGCCAGAAGCUUCACUUCGCCCCAAUCGGCGAAUACCCCCAAGAGGUACUCGACAUUGGGACGGGGACUGGCAUUUGGGCCAUCGAAAUGGGCGACCAGUUUCCGAGUGCCCAUGUCCUCGGCAUCGACCUCUCGCCCAUCCAGCCGGACUGGCUGCCGCCCAACGUUCGCUUCUUGGUGGAUGAUGUCGAGUCUCCUUGGCUGUAUCCAAACAACCACUUCGACUACAUCCACUCGCGCCACACCGUCAUGGCCGUCAGGGACUGGAUGCGGCUCUUGCGCCGGGCCUACGAACAUCUCAAACCAGGUGGCUGGAUUGAGCUGCAAGAGAUACACCACAAGCCCCGGAGCGCCCACGCCGAGGGAAUCGUGCCCGCCGACCACGCCGUCGCCAGGUUCUGGGAGCGCGUCAACGAGGGCCUCACGACCCUCGGCAUCGACCUCGACACGGCGGCCGGGGGAUUUCUGGCUCAGUUGAUGCACGACGCAGGCUUCACCAACGUGACGGAGCGCGUCUUCCACGUGCCCAUCGGGACGUGGCCCAAGAACAAGGUACUCAAGACGGUCGGAUUAUACUGGCGCACGAUUCUCCUCGACGGCCUACAGGCCAUUGCGCUGGGGCCCUUGACGCGGGGGCUACAUUGGAAUCGCGAGCAAGUCGAGCUGUUCCUCAUGGAGGUGCGGCGCGCCUACAACGACAACUCGGCGCUCAUGUACAUGCCUCUCCACAUCAUAUACGCCCAGAAGCCAGAGAACGGGGCGUGA